AAGAGGGUUCCACAGAUGAGUGUGUAGUAAAGUCUGCCACACUCAUGGAGCCUGCCUGGCGUCAGCAAGGCAAGGGGAGGGGUCGGGUUCGGGGCAGGGGCCAAGCCCAGGCAGACACUGAUGCCAACAGGCUCCAGAGAGAGAGGGGUCCCCAGCAACCUGUCAGAUUGGAGAGCGGCCCCUGGCCAGCGAAGAACAGAGGAGUGACCUCACCAAGUGGAGCAGAACUCCCGCAAAAUAAAGAGCUUUCGAGCCAGUCCAAGUUUGAGGAGAUUCGGAAGUCCAAUCAGGCUGCUGCCCAGAGGUUUGCCGGCAGUCAGUUCUCUUCUUCGGAUGAAGAUGACGAAGAGGGGGACGAAGAACAGAACGGAAAGCAUGGAAAGAUUGUAGCCUCCACGUUCACCACCUACACUCACCAGACAGGUGGAGAUGCGACAGACUUGGAGCGCACCAGGCAGUACCUGAAUGAUGCCUUCCAGGCUGGUGCCAUUACCUGCCUCAUCUGCAUAGCUUCUGUGAAGAGGAACCAGGCGGUGUGGAGCUGCUCAGGAUGCUACUGCAUAUUCCACAUCACCUGCAUUCAGAAGUGGGCCAAGGACAGCGUUUUCCUCGUCUCCUCAGUAACGGACGAGGAUUUCGGAACGAAAGAGCAUCCCUGGCCGUGCCCUAAGUGCCGCUAUGAGUACAAGCCCCAGCAGACGCCCAGACGGUACUACUGCUACUGUGGGAAGGUGGAGGACCCGCCCUUUGACCCCUGGCUGCUGCCCCACUCCUGCGGCCAGGUGUGCGACAGGGAGUACAAGCCAGUCUGCGGGCACAGGUGUCUGCUGCUGUGUCACCCAGGCCCUUGCCCACCCUGCCCAAAGAUGGUGUCUGUAACGUGUCUGUGUAAGAAGGCCAAGCCGGUGCCACGGCGAUGCAGUGCCAAGGCCUGGUCCUGCCAACAGCGCUGUGGGAGGGUUCUGCCCUGUGGCCAGCACCCCUGCCAAAACUCAUGCCAUGCAGGUGACUGUGAGCCCUGUCCCAGGAUCAGUAUUCAGCGCUGCGUGUGUGGCAGGGAGGUGUCUGAGAGACUGUGUGCCAGUCCUGUCUGGCACUGCCCGCAGGUGUGUGGGAGAGCCCUGCCGUGCGGGAACCACACCUGUGAGCAGGUGUGUCACUCCGGGCCCUGUGGAGAGUGUCCUCGCUCAGGAAACCGGGCGUGUCCCUGCGGAAAAUGCAGGUGCUCCCUGCCCUGCACGGAGGAAGUGCCUACAUGCGGAGACACCUGCGACAGGGACCUGGACUGUGGCCUGCACACCUGCUCCAUGCGCUGCCACCGUGGGCCCUGUGAGACGUGCCGGCAGGAGGUGGAGAAGCAGUGUCGCUGUGGUAGAUACACCAGACACAUGCCCUGUCAUAAGGAAUACCUCUGUGAGUCCAAGUGCCCCAAGACCCGCGGCUGCCAGAGACACCAGUGCAAGAGGAAGUGCUGUCCCGGGAACUGUCCUCCGUGUGACCAGAGCUGCGGGCGCAGCCUGGGAUGCAGGAACCACAAGUGCCCGUCUGUGUGUCACCAGGGUAGCUGCUACCCGUGCCCGGAGACGGUGCAGGUGAAGUGCCAGUGUGGAUCCACGGCUCUGACGGUGCCCUGCGGGCGGGAGAGGAGCACCAAACCCCCCCGCUGCAAGGAGCUCUGCAGGAAGCCGCCCACGUGUCACCACCCCAGCCGGGAGAAGCACCGCUGCCACCCCGGGCCCUGCCCGCCCUGUCGACAGCCCUGCCAGUGCACCCUGAAGGCCUGCGGGCACACCUGCCCCGCGCCCUGCCACGACGAGGUCAUGGUGAAGACCGCCGAUAGGGCCCAGCUCGCAGGUCCGUGGGAGCAGCCGUCAGAGCCUGCCUUCGUCUGCAAAGCCCUUCCCUGCCCACCCUGCCUGGUCCCCAUACCCACGGCCUGUCUUGGGAAACACGAGGUGAGUCCCCUGCCAUGCCACGCGUGCGGGCCCUUCUCCUGCGGCAGGGCGUGCAGCCGCCUGCUGGCCUGCGGGAACCACGCCUGCAGCCGAGAGUGCCACCGCGUCACCGUGCUGGACGGAAACGACGGCGCGCAGAAGAAUGUGACUCUGUCAGAGGACCUGUUGGAAAAUGAUCUGUCAGAGGGUCUGUUGGAAAAGCAUCUCCGGUGUUGCGCUAAAAAGGGACGGUGCUCAGUUACGGCAGGGAGGGAGUGCCAGAGAUGCGAGGAGGACUGUGGAUGCCCCCGGCCCUCGGGGUGCCCCCACCCCUGCGCCCUGCCCUGCCACAGCGAGCCCUGCCCGACCUGCACCCAGAUGGUCCGGCUCAAAUGCCACUGCAAGAUCAGCACCCUGUUCAUCGAGUGCCUGAAGUUGACCACGUCUGAUGAAGACACCAAGAGACUCCUGGGCUCCUGUAAUAACCAGUGUCCCAAGCAGCUGACGUGUGGUCAUCGCUGCAGGGGGAUAUGUCACCCAGGUAACUGUGAGGAAACCUGCAAUCAGAAAGUCAAGAUGAAAUGUCCCUGCAAGCGGAUAAAAAAGGAGUACCCGUGCUCAAAGGUGCGCCAAGACCAGCCGUCGGUCGAGUGCGAUGAGGUGUGCAAGGCAUUGCAGAAAAAGGCUCUGGAGAUGAAAGAAGCUGAAGCAAACGCACUGCUUGAGGAAGAGAGGAAGAAGCAGCAAGCGGAGCUGGAGGCCUUCGAGAAGAGGCAGAAGGGACGGAGAAAGAAAACCCGCCGGACGGCUGAGGUGGAGACUGAAGAGGGCGUCUGGCAGAAGUAUAAAAAGUACAUAAUGGUGCCGGUGUGUGGCGCUCUGCUGUCGGUGGCCAUUUUCUAUUUACUUCAGACCAGCUAAAGAUGACCUCCCCUCAUAUGUGUGCUCCUUAAGAUGGUCGCCCUGGGUAUAUGCAUAUGGGUAUGUCAUAUGCAGCUGGAUGAAACUGAUCAUGCUGAGCCGUAUUAGAUCCAGGGGUUUCCUUUAGGACACUGUAGCGUACACAAUAAGCCUUCCAAAUAUGUCAGACUGGAAAACCAAUAUGACAAGUCAAGCACUGAUGAUAUCAAGUGCAACCUUAGUAACUAAUCUGUGUGAUUAUUUUGAUGAUGAGGAGGACUGAAACCAUGUUCUAGAUAAACACCUUUUUGUUAUUGCUGAUAUUCAUGUUUAUUUGAUUAUAAAGAAUACUUAAGAUCGUAGUUAUCUGAAAAGACAACAUAACCUGUAACUGUAAGAGAUUAAAUGGGGGAGACAGUGUUAUACUUCUGAUAGAUGUAUAACAGUUGUGUUGAGCUGACCUUAUGAAGUGUAUCCAUUAUAUUGAGUUUACAUUCAUCGUUUUGUGAAUACCUUUGCUGACUUAACCUUGAUUGAAACUUAACUUUUUUCUUUCUCCAAGCAUACACGUUAUGAUGUUGUACUUAAUACCCCUUUGAGUGUUGCUGUAUAGAAAGAUGAGUUUGAAUUACUUCCUUGGAAUUGCAACCCAGUUGACCAGUUUUCACUUUAAUAAAUUACUCAAGUUCUGCAUCUCCAGUUUGUAUACCUGGAGACAAUUUGUAAACUUGGCAGCGUUGUAUGAAAACGCUCAGGACCAUCUUGCAUUUCAAUUUGAGUGCAGUGUGUCUGUAUGUGCUUGAUAUAUUCAGGCUCUGCCACUAAGCAUAAUAAUAUUUUAUUCCCGGUAAUGGUUUGAAGUUGUUUUAAAAAAAUGAAAUUUCAUUUGCAGCAUAUUAAGUGUAAUUUUUGUAAGAAGAGAGACAGAAGAACUCUGGAGGAAGUGUUGGCUGUUCAGAAAUGUAAUAUAACUCUUAUAACUUAAUAAAACAAUCUUUCUAAGCCUGAA